GCAUACCUGGUCACUACUUUCAACAACGGCCACCACGCAUAUCCACAACGACCUGCUGUAGUGCUUCGAUAGACCUCAUUCUGUGCCAUGGCACCUCAACAGUUCACCAAGGUGGAUCUCACCCCAAAGAGACACCAUGGCUAUGCAGUUAUACUCUUCAUUUUGGGCACGCUUUUCCCUCCCCUCGCGGUCGCCGCGCGGUUCGGCAUUGGAGGUGACUUCUGGUUGAAUCUGUUCUUGACAAUAUGCGGGUACAUUCCGGGACAUUUUCACAACUUUUACAUCCAGAACAUCCGGAACAACAAGACACACAGACGAACACCAAAGUGGGCGCAAAGAUACGGCCUUGUUGACAUCUCAGAAAUCAAACGAAAGGAACGUCGUUCUCAAUGGGCCAACCGGUAUAACGACCGACUACCUCGAUCCACACUCGAGGAGGCUCCGUACGAGGAAGGGCAGGAAGGCGGAUCCAGUGUUGACCUUUCAGUAGAAGGCCAAGAGUCUCGGCAACGAACCGGGGAAUUAUGGUCCCCACAAGACGAAACUUACUAUGGGCAGCAUCAGAAUGGAAAUGCCAAUGGUGAUGCUGCCAGCGUUCGAACAACCGGUUCAGGGCGGUGGCACUAUCCAGCCAACUUUGAGGACGCUAUUCCGGAGCCUUCGCGGAAAAAAUCGAAGAAGAAGAAAGAGAAGAAGGACAGGUGGGCGAGGACAGAGGAUGCGUACUCGAUUGGUGAAGCAGAGCAGUCUUCUUCUUCGCGGAAACGAAAGUCCAAGAAGAGACGAUCGACUAUUACGCCAGGAGACGAUACGUAUUCCAGGCAGAGUGGUUCGACUACAGAAUUCCCGGAGGAUGCUGAGGGUGGAUUGUAUGGGGACACGAGGAGGGGGCAGGAUAAGCCUGCACGGGAUGAAGGAGACAACAUAUUCACGCAUGAGCUGUGAUGAUGGAACAGGAUACCCCUCCUUCGAUUGUUUCCACUCACCAGAUGCUUAAUCUCACUUAUUACUAGAUCGUUCCAGCGUAUUGCAUUCUAUUCAGGGUUAUCGAGACGACAAUCUGUUUCCUAUUUAUUCUCAUUCUCGUCAUGCAUUUUCAAGCAUAUCUCGUUAUCACUGAAUCAUUAAUCUAUAUCUUUAGGGAGCCUUAGGGCCAUGACG